CGGGGGCGUGGACAGGCGCGCGGAAUGCACGGCUCCACAGCGCUGCGCCGCAUCCCGUCCAUCUGCUUGUUGUCAUGGAGGAGCAAAGAUGGCGGUCCUGGCCUAUAGCCUGGGCAAACGCGAAAUAAAUCAACAUUUUACCAUUAAAAAUGCUAAGUUAAUAUCUCUAGUAGCUGUUCUGUUACUCCUCGUGUUUCAUACAGCGUCGCGCUAUUAUGGAGGCUUGGACUCAUGUGAAUGGCUGCUGUCCAGAGGACGUUACUUGGGAGACAAUGUAUGGCAGCCUUAUGGCUGUAUGAUGCACAAAUACAAAAGCAAUGAAGCCAAAACAUGCCUUGCUGAAAAGCGGGUGGCCUUUAUCGGUGAUUCACGAAUCAGGCAGCUAUUUUACUCCUUCAUCAAAAUUAUUGACCCUGAACGAAGAGAAGAUGGUAACAAGCACGAGGACAUCGCCUUUGGAGAUGAAAGCUCCUCAGUUGCUGUGGAUUUUCUGUGGCAUCCAGAGGCGAAUAAUUCAAUGAAGGAACGCUUGAUAUCAUGGACCUAUGGGAGUGGAAAAGAGUCCUCAGCAAAGCCAGAUGUUAUCAUCCUUGGAGCUGCCACAUGGUCCAUCAAAUUGCACAGUGGCAGCAGUGAGACCUUGCAUCAAUACAAAGUCAACUUGACAGCUAUUGCGGUGCCUCUGGAGAAGCUGGCUGACCAUGGGGAGGUUUACUGGGUCCUUCAGGACCCAGUAAAUGAGGAGGUGUUAAGUGAAAACAGGAGGAUGAUCACCAAUCAACAGCUGGAGCUGUAUAAUGAAGCAGCGGCAGAUGCACUCAACAGCAGCAAGCGUAACGGCAGGUCCCGGAUCAAGCUGUUGGCCGCGUCGCGACAGGCUGCACUGGAAACCAUCACCCAGUCAGAUGAUGGCCUCCACCUGCCUGAGAGUACUAGGAAUGUGGGAGCCAUGGUCCUCAUGAACUCUGUGUGCAACAAGCUACUGAGGCCCAUCGAUGGCUCCUGCUGCCAGACAUUACCGCCACCCAACUUCCUCCAGAAACUGUCAGCAUGCUUCUUCCUGGGCUCAGCGAUAGUUUUCCUGGUCCUCCACGUUCUUGGCAACAACCGCCACCGCCGACCUGUGCCACCUGAUGUGGAAAGCUUAGAGGAGAAGAAGCCAGCCUCUGCAGCUGUCCCUCUGGGUCCAAAGGCACCCUUCCAGGCCCUCUGCAGGAUGGGCAUCAUCAUGGCUUAUUUUUACCUUUGUGAUAGAGCAGAUGUGUUCAUGAAAGAGCAGAAGUUCUACACACACUCAACGUUUUUCAUCCCUCUCAUCUAUAUAUUUGUCCUAGGAGUUUUCUACAGUGAAAACAGCAAGGAGACUAAAUUACUCAACAGAGAGCAAACAGACGAGUGGAAGGGCUGGAUGCAGCUCGUCAUCCUCAUCUAUCAUAUAUCAGGAGCCAGCGCUUUCAUUCCAGUGUACAUGCAUGUGAGGGUGCUGGUGGCUGCGUAUCUUUUCCAAACUGGCUAUGGACACUUUUCUUUUUUCUGGCUCAAAGGAGACUUUGGACUAUAUAGAGUGUGCCAGGUGCUUUUCCGUCUCAACUUCUUGGUCUUGGUGCUCUGUGUGGUGAUGGACAGACCUUACCAGUUCUAUUACUUUGUCCCCCUGGUCACCUUCUGGUUCGUCAUCAUCUACGCCACGUUGGCUGUGUGGCCUCAGAUUCUUCAGAAAAAGGCUAACAGUAGCGGCAUAUGGCACCUUGGGGUCCUGGCCAAAUUACUGGGGCUUCUGUUGUUCAUCUGCUUCUUUGCCUAUUCACAGGGUUUGUUUGAGAGUAUCUUCUCCGUGUGGCCCCUUUCCAAGCUUUUUGAGCUAAACGGAAGCAUCCAUGAGUGGUGGUUCAGAUGGAAGCUGGACCGAUUUGCGGUGAUUCAUGGGAUGUUAUUUGCCUUCAUUUAUCUGGUACUUCAGAAGCGUCAGGUGCUGUCGGAGGGAAAAGGAGACGCUCUCUUCUCAACCAAAAUCUCCAACGUCCUCCUCUUCCUCUCUGUGAUCUCCUUCAUUACCUACUCAAUAUGGGCCAGCAGCUGCAAAACCAAAACCGAGUGCAAUGAGAUGCAUCCUUACAUCUCUGUGGUCCAGAUUUUGGCCUUCAUUCUAAUCAGGAACAUUCCUGGCUACGCCCGUUCUAUUUAUAGCUCCUUCUUUGCCUGGUUUGGAAAAAUCUCCCUUGAGCUGUUCAUUUGCCAGUACCACAUCUGGCUGGCAGCAGACACCAAGGGGAUCUUAGUCCUGAUCCCAGGAAACCCUUCACUAAACAUCCUGGUCAGCACCUUCAUCUUCGUUUGCGUGGCUCAUGAGAUUUCGCUCAUUACCAAUGACCUGGCCCAGGUGGUCAUCCCUAAAGACAGUGUGGCCCUGCUGAAGCGCCUGGGGGCCACGGGGGUCUUCAGUCUGGUUGUGCUGCUGCUGGCCAGGGACAGCCAGCCCACGCCGGGGGCCUGACAGAGGCGAGGCGGACCGGCCGAGACCCCCGCUGAGCUCCACCUGACAGACAGAUCUGAGCCCUGACCAGGAUUAUUCUACCGGCGGCCAAAGGAGACAAUCUUAGCUGCGGUUAGUGACACAAACAGAAACACGGCGGAGAACGGCGUCUCACCGCCGGCCACGAAUGAGCAGAGUCUGAACAUUGUGACUGAUGUGAAAGUCAUACACUGAAGAAAAACGGCCUUUUUCAGGCAAAUCGCAAGACAUAAAAGAACAAGUACAGAACAUUGUAAACGUUUACAUUACCUGGAUUCAACAGAAGAGUGGAGGGGGAUUUGGAUGAUUUUUAAAGCCAAACGUCCUCUCAGAUCCAGACCUCAUGCUUGCUUUGUGAAAUCCGCAGCGUCGCUUCUAUCCCAAACUAAUCCGGUUCAUUUUUGCCACAUGCAGAACCUCCUGUCACCACUUUGCUCUGGAAGGCUCCGUCCACACGGCAUCAACCGCUGAAGGCGUCGCUCAGGUGGAUCCAUAACCUACAUAUUCAGAUAUCUAGUCCUGUUUGACUACAUGUUAAACUGCGCUGCACAUUUCAACUGGCUUUGAAAAAUCGUAGAUAUCUAAAUAUGCAAAACAUGGACCAACAACAGACUUGGGUGAUCAAUUUGUGUCAAGAGUAAAGUAAAAUUUGGAGUGCAAUUGUUAAAAUGUCAGAAUAUCCCUUGACAUAAUAUUUUGCUAUUUUUUUUUUUUUUUGUUAGUAAUUUUAGACAUGUUUGCCUUGUGCUGAAAGGUACCAUGGUCGUCUGCUGUAGCUCUGAAAUUGUACAGUAUUUAAUGAUUUAAAUUAAUCUUAUAUUUUAUACACUGUUUUUGGCUUUGUUUUUAUUUUGUACUUUUUGCGCCCAUGACUGCUGUUUGUGAAGGAAGUAUUACAUAAGUCCUUUUGUACCCAUGCCAGCAUCCUUUACAUCCUAUUAGUUCCUUUGUAUGAUAGUGAGAGUUUAUUUUAUACAGCAGUGCUUCAGCAGUAUUUUUAGUCGUCUUUCAUUGCUGUUUAAAACGCGCCUCACACAGCUGGAGCAAGAACCCCCCCCCCCCCCCAUUUUAUUGUAAAAUAGGAAUAACUACUACACUCUCCCUCUGUUGCCAUGGCCAGUGAACUUUUUGGUCAAUGUGAAUGAGUGGAAUCUACAAUAGAGUGAGUGUUUUAUCAAAUUAAUUGCCUUUGAACGUACAGUACCAUUUUGUUAGUGCUGUAUUUAAAAAAAAAAAAG